CCUGAUUCCAGGAACCCCCACACUCUCUUGGUAUGCUGGGAGUACAGAAAAAAAAAUCUAAAAAAAACUGGAUGUAACACAACUGCCAUCAUUGGUACUAUUUUCCUUCUGCUCUAAAAAAAGAAGGAAAAAAAAAGUCUCCCAUCCAUUUUUUUUGAACGCUGUCCUUAUCUGUGUGUCUUUUCCACUCGGCGGUAAUUGAAGGUGGCGUCGGUCCAGCAGGGAUGUGGGAAACGGGACGGGGAGAGGGCAGGCUCUCUCACGCUGGAGAAACAUCUGCCGAACACAGCCUCCAGAAAGCCAGCGUCUCUCCGGCGGCUCCGCGCAGUCAUGCCCGCUCGGUCUCGCUGAAUAGAGGACCGGACUCCCGCUACGCGCGCGCUGCUCCAGGUGGUACUGGAGCAGGGCUCUUCCACACCAUGGCCUACAGACGGCAGAACCGACAUCUGUGUCUCCAGUCCCUCGCCCCGCUGCUCCUGCUCUCUCUCUGCGUCGCACAGCGGGAGGACAUGAGAUCCAGUUGCAGAACGGCUCCGAGCGAUCUAGUGUUUAUUCUAGACGGUUCUUGGAGUGUGGCCGACACUAACUUUGAGAUAGUCAAACGGUGGCUGGUGAACAUCACCACCCAGUUCAAAAUCGGCCAGGAGUUCACGCAGGUGGGCGUGAUCCAGUACAGCGACGACCCCCACCUGCACGUCCCGCUGGGGAGCCGCUACUCCGGCGAAAAGCUCAUCAAUGCCAUGGAGUCCAUCGAGUACAUGGGCGGCAACACCAACACGGGGAAGGCCAUCCAGUUCGCCAGCGACCGGCUCUUCGCCACCUCCGAGCGCGCGCCCAAUGGCGUGGCGAAGAUCGCCGUGGUCCUCACGGACGGGAAGUCGCAGGACGAGGUGUCGGAGGCGGCCGAGGAGGCACGGAGGAAGGGCGUCACCCUGUUCGCCAUCGGGGUGGGCGAGGAGGCGGUGGAGUGGCAGCUGAAGGCCAUCGCCAACAAGCCGCACUCCACCUACGUCUUCUACGUGGAGGACUACAUGGCCAUCUCCAAAAUCCGCGAGGUGAUUCGACAAAAGCUGUGUGAAGAAACGGUGUGCCCAGAGAGAAUCCCUGUGAACAGUCGCGGCGAGAAAGGCUUUGAUAUGCUGGUGCAUCUGAACUUGGCAAAGAAAGCCAAAAAGACGCAAGGCUCUUUCUACGGUAAAAAAGCCUACCAGGUGACCUCGCGCGUUGACUUAAGCGAAAGCACAAGGUCUCUGUUUCCUGACGGCCUGCCCCCCUCCUACGUGUUCGUGGCCACGCUGAAGUACAAGGGCUCGGUCGCCAUGGAGAAGUGGGACUUGUGGAGGGUGCAGACCAAAGACGGGGAGCCCCAGAUGGCGGUCACGCUGAACGGGCUCCACCGCACGGUCAUGUUCACCACCACCAGCAUGGACGCCAGCGCCACCCAGACCGUGGUCUUCAAACAGUCUGCGGCCAAGAGACUCUUUGACGAGCAGUGGCACCAGCUGCGUCUUCUGGUCACCGAAGAAGAUGUCACCCUUUACGUCGACGACUCGGAGAUCGAAACUUUGCCUCUGGAACCUCCGGACGGCAUCUUCGUUAACGGACAGACACAAGUCGGGAAAUAUGUCAGCAAAGAAACUACCGUACCGUUUGAGAUCCAGAAGCUGAGGAUCUACUGCGACCCCGAGCAGAACACGCGUGAGACGGCCUGCGAGAUCCCUGGAGUAGACGGUGAGUGUGCCAACGGGCCCAGCGACUUUGAAUACGAGCCCACGCCAGAGCCCUGCACCUGUCCUGCCGGACCUCCCGGACCGUCGGGCCUGAAGGGGGAAGCUGGAAGACCUGGAGACCCAGGCCAACCUGGUCCUGCAGGUGCUGAGGGUAAGCCUGGAAUCCCUGGCAUAAGUGGCAGUCCAGGACUCCAAGGCCCACCAGGUGUACAGGGCCAACGAGGGGAGCCUGGCGUUCCGGGGCAAACAGGAGGGCCUGGUGACUCGGGAAAGCCAGGUGUUCCUGGGUUACCUGGAUCCCAGGGGCCACCAGGUGAAAAGGGAUCCAUUGGCCUUCUAGGGGAACCAGGGUUACCUGGGAAAGAUGGGAAUAAGGGAGAAAAAGGAAGCCGAGGACUUGCGGGGACACCUGGCUAUCCUGGCCCUCGUGGACACCCCGGGCUCGACGGGAAGGACGGAACGCCAGGAAGUAACGGCCGAAAGGGGGAAGCUGGGAUCCCAGGGAACCCCGGUAUGGAAGGACGGGAGGGACACCCUGGCAUGCCUGGCGUACCAGGGAAUGAAGGCCGGAGUGGACUGAAGGGUGAGGCUGGUUUGCCUGGAGAAAAGGGGUCAAGAGGUACGGCAGGCUCACAGGGUGAGAGGGGAACGCCCGGGGUGCCAGGGACCGACGGACAACCAGGAACGAAGGGAAGUAAAGGUGAACCUGGCCAACCUGGACAAUCCGGUCUCCCGGGAACAGAGGGAAAACCAGGUGACCCAGGAGUAGCAGGACAGCCAGGUCUCUCAGGCCGACCAGGGGUUCAAGGACUGAAGGGAGACCAGGGUGAGCAGGGCCAGGCAGGAAUUCAGGGGACCAAAGGUGAAAAAGGAGACCAAGGCCGGCCGGGGGGUCAGGGGUCCGCCGGUCUUCCUGGGCAGAGAGGAGAGAAAGGGACCUCAGGAGAGCAGGGGCUGAGGGGCCAGAAUGGUCACCAGGGCUCCCCUGGCAUGCCCGGCCACAUGGGCCCCUCCGGGCCCCGGGGACUGAGUGGAGACGCUGGGCCAGUGGGCCCGCCUGGACCGUCAGGGAGACCCGGUAGAGAGAUGUCAGAGCAGCAGAUUCGGCAGAUUUGUCGGGAAGUUCUGAGGACGGAGAUCCCGUCUCUUUUCGGAAGCCGCCAGCCCAGAGUCUGUGAGCGCUGCCACUCCCGGGCGGGGUCCCCGGGCCCCCAAGGCCCGCUGGGCCCCGCAGGACCCCGGGGACUGAGGGGGUUCCCUGGGGAGCCCGGAGCCAACGGUCUGCAGGGACACCCAGGCCAGCCAGGGCAAGCGGGAGUUCCAGGGAUGAAAGGGGAGACAGGAGAGAGAGGCGAAAAGGGAAGUCAAGGCCGUACCCAGACUGGGGAUCUGGGACCCCCUGGACCUCAAGGUCCAAUGGGCCCCCCAGGGCACGGGAAACCUGGUUACCCUGGGAAACCCGGCCCCCCAGGCCUGAACGGGAAGGAGGGGAAGCAGGGGUACCCCGGCACCCCCGGCCAGCCCGGCGUGUGCCACCCCUCCUUCUGCUACGGUGCUAUGGUCAGGCGGGACUCCUUCAGGAAGGGCCCAAACUACUGACGGGACGACAGAUGAAACCCGUCAGCCCCGCCCACUCCCCACCACCUCCUCCACCCCCUCCACCCCCGCAUGGUGCUUUACUAACGAGAACAGGACAAAUCAAUCUUUCGCAACUCAGGAAGAUAACCUUUUAGAAACAGCCUCGCCCUUCUCGUUGGGGACAGGAAGUACCUCUUGUGUAUUAACAAAAAAAAAAAAAGACACGAAAACAAAAGCAAAAAAAAAAAAAAAAUGGCGCAUCCAUGGGUGCUUUUUUAUUGUAGAUGUGAAAUUGCAGAGAGUGGAGCGCUCUCCCUCCCCCCUCCUGCAGCCCCCCCCUCUCUGGAGUGGGAGGGGCUCUGGGUCUCCACAGAGACCGCAGUGGAGGGCGUGACCUGACACAUGAAAACCGCGGGCCUUCGGUCGUAUGCAGGAAACUAGAUGCAGUGUGUGAUCAUUUGAAUGGUCAUAGCCAAUGGGCUACUUGGAUUUGUAUUCAAAUGCUUGUUACUUAGCAAAGUAAAAAAAAAAAUGAAAAUGAAGAAAGGCUUUCUCCUCAAUAGAGAUAUAUUAAUCAAGGGGAGCCUUAAAAAAUAGCAGUUGAAAAUGAAGUUUUCCAUGAAGGAGAGCCUAAGACACUUUUAUUAAUAAAAGCAUAAUAAAGUUGAUAAUAUUAAUUCUGAUUUUAAGUGUGAGUGAUGCAUUUAUGUUAUUAUUUAAACAGUAAGAAAUGGGAAGUUCCACACCGUGUUUGGCAGAGAGAGAAAAGCAGGGUUCGGUUGGUUAUUUGGAUAUUCAGUGCGAAGUGAAGAAGAACCGCAGGAUGUCCUGUGAAGAGAACGGCGGACAGACGUCAUCCCUCUCGGGACUGCUCUGCUGCUCAUGCCGGUUCAUGUAAGGCUUCCAGACUGGAGACACUGCAGCUUCAGUCACCAGCAACACUGCGCCUUCUGCAGUCCUUCUGCCUCUCUGCUGCCCCCGGUGGCCACAUGCUCAAUUCUGCCUGGUCGUUCUCUGUCCUGGCUUACAGUAUGCAGAAAUUCCGUUUGCUAGGCAACAGGCAUUUCAAUUUCACGUGUGCCUUGCUGUGUUCUACAUUAACUGAGCAAGCUACCAGGAUUCAUAUUUGGAGUCAUGUGCUCUACUACAGAAGUGUAGCAGCUCUAUACAUCAUAGUGUAUUUAAGUGUCUGUUACUGAUCUAGUGAUUACAUUGCCCCCCUACAUCAGAAAGUAGACUAUUCACCUGAUUCAGUUUACACCUCACUGAAACAACCGCCACUUUGCACUUUUUCCCUCUGGAAUAUCACCUCACCGAGAUUACGAUGACAGGGGGGCGUUGUUACCCAUAAUUCCACCAACUUCAGACAUCUCACUUCAUGCGUUUGGCUUGAAGAAUGGAAGUCUUGAUGCAAAGCACUAGUCCUGCAAUUUUAUGGCAGGGACAAGAGCUGCUAUACUGCCUAUGUAGCUUGUGCAUUCACCGGCAAACUUUUGUAGAAUUGCUCCUUCCAAUAGGACUUUACAUUUAGGUCCAGCGAGUCACUUGUAGUUACAUAGCAGAUCGGUUUCCAACUGAUUUUCGUUUUUUUUUUUUUGCUUAGUUAGUGAUAAUGAAAUGAUAUAAUCCACUGUAUGUCAUUCAUUCAUUCUGUUAGCUUGCGUCUGUGAAUGCUAUCACAAUUGCUAUGCACCUCCAUACGUUUUUAAAGCAAUUAAUUAUAGAUAUGAUAAUAGUUUCUUGGUAAAAUCUUGUCGCGACAAGAUGUUUUCUUGAAUAAUGCAAACUAAUCUGUGAUUAAUGUUUAGAAAUAGCUUCCUUUUUUGGAAAAGCAGUGCAUUUUUAGGGUUUUCUUUGGUACCAUAUAUCAGUAUUUUUUAAACAACCUUCUGUCCCCAUUAGUGCCGACAGUGUCUUUCUGACACUAUCGACACGCUUUAAGAAAGUGUUCUCGCGAGACGAUGGCCGUGCAGUGUAAUUAAGCACCAUUCCUAUUAUUAUUUUUAUUGUUAUUUAUAGAACUGAAAUUAUUGUGUGCUGAGGAGUUCUGUCAGUGAAUGCAGUCUCCUGGUUUCCAUGUCUAAUUUUAUUAAGUUGUUUGUGUUUACAUGACUUUUGUAUGGCUUUUUUUUGGGUAUCAUUAAUAAAUAAUUUUGUAAUUAAA